GGGAGGGGUCGGCCCAGGUUGCUCGGGAGAAAUUUCUGAUGGAGAGAAGCCUUAGCCAGGCAAAGGAGAGGGCAUGGGAGGGUGCCCAGGGGAGGGAGGGAGUGAGCUCAGGCGGAAAGAUGAGAUUGAACAUUCUCAGGAAGCUGUGGCAGGGGCCAAGGCCUGGCCAGUCCAGCCUGCCUGCUGUGCUUCAGAGGCUGGCCUGCAGCAGGUGCUCAGUGAAGGCUGAAUGAACGGAGGAGUGUUAUUGGAGAGGCAAGAUGGCUGGAGAUCUCGAAUCUUGUGCUUUUCACUAUAGGAGCAAACAAGACAACUGGCUGGGCAUGGUGGCCCACACCUGUAAUCCCAGCAUUUUGCGAGGCUGAGGUAGGCGGAUCACUUGAGGUCAGGAGUUUGAGACCAGCCUGGCCAACAUGGUGAAAUCCAGUUUCCACUAAAAAUACAAAAAUUAGCCAGGUAUGGUGGCAGGCACCUGUAUGUAAUUCCAGCUACUUGGGAGGCUAAAGUAGGAGAAUCGCUUGAACUAGGUGGUGGGGCCAUUGCAGGGGUGAAGGUGCAGUGAGCUGAGAUCGCAACACUGCACUCCAGCCUGGGUGAUAGGGUGAAACUCCAUCUCAAAAAAAAAGUGAACAAGACAACUGGAAAAUGCCUCCAAAUGCCCACCUGACAUUUUCAGUGUCUCUGCUGGGCUGGGAGUAGAUGUGGCCACUGAAUCCUUCCUCCCUCCCACCCCCAAAUAUGCAAGGCAGCUGCCUGGCUGGGAAAGCUGGAGGGCUUCCUGUUCUGUGAGCAGCUGUCCUGGUACCUUCCUUAUGGGAAAACGGGCACCGGGCUGCCCGCUUGUGAGCAUCUAGACCCUGACUGCCCACUGGCUGAAAUCCACACAAUGAGGCCGUCUGGUUCAUCACCAAAUGGAGAGAGAGGCAGGUCAGCGAAAGGGAGAGCAGGACCCCAGAUAUUUGCCUCUGCUCUUUAUCUAGUAAAUCACACAAAGAAUUGCAGAAAGUGACAGUCUCAUCCCUGAGUUUCCCUUGGCCAGACUGGGGCAUAGGUCUUCUUACACUGUCUUGUUUUUCUCCGGGAAAAAUGAGCCUUAAGUGUCAGACUUGAAUUACCUUCCCCAGGGACACUUCCUGUGGCUAUUUCUAGUGGCAAGUGGCUGAGGUUGUGCCCCUAAAUAAAAUUAGGGUUUUAAACUGGGUCAUAAACUCAGGUGCCCCCAGGGGUCGGGAAGGAGGCACAAAUGGGGGAAGCAGCCAGUGGGAGGCUACAGGGCAGGGAGAGGACUUCGGCAAAGGAGAACAGCGUGUCCUGCACGCGGAGUGACCUUUCUUACCUGGGGGACUAGAGCCCUUGGCACUGUAGUAUCCCUUUUGAAGCCAAGAAUCCAGACUUUUAAAAAUGCUGGCAUAAUUCAGUGGGUUUUUUGUUUGUUUUUAAAGACACAGCAUUGCACUGAUUUAAAAUAAAACAUCUGUGGGAUGAAUGUCCGCUCUCUGUAGAGAUGAGGAGGGCGAGGCUGAGCAGCACAGUGGGGGUCACUGAGUCAGUGGGGCUGGGACGAGAGCUCUACCUGCCGGCACCCGGCCUGGCCCUCUGUCCGACUCCUUAUGCCGUAUUCCAGGCAAAGCAGUGGGCCUAGGAACCAACACAGCAGACUCCACAGUAACAAGAGACCCCGUAUUGGCUUCAAGGGACAUGGCCCCAUGCCAGUCUUGCCCACCUACCUCAGCUCUCCCACAGGAGGGCAUCUCAGCAGCAGCCAGGGCUUGGUGGCUGCCUUUUGGGUGCCAGGUACAAAGCACCUUGUGUCAUGUGUUGGAGUCCUUACAACACCACACACACAUACCUGGUGGCUUCUGUUCUCCCCAUUUCACAGAUGAGCAAACCGAGACCUGGAGAGGUUCGAGUCACAUGAGGGGGUGAGAGUUGAAUGUGAACGUGACUCCAGAGCCACGGUUUCUAACCAGCGAGUGAUUCACACUUGGAGGCCCAGGCAAUACCGAACACCGCAGCUUGCAGGGGUCUCCUGGCAGCCCUCCUUAGGAAUUCUGUCUGGCCCCAAUCAGAAUACUGGAGGUGAGACCGCGAGAUUGAUGAGUUUGCCUUGGGAGUCGGUGAGAAGGUGAAACCAGGGGCGAACAUGGGUCAGAAGGUCACUGGAGGGAUCAAGACUGUGGACAUGAGGGACCCCACGUACCGGCCCCUGAAGCAGGAGCUCCAGGGUCUGGAUUACUGCAAGCCCACCCGGCUGGACCUGCUACUGGACAUGCCCCCUGUGUCCUACGAUGUUCAGCUGCUGCAUUCAUGGAACAACAAUGACCGUUCGCUCAACGUCUUCGUGAAGGAGGACGACAAGCUCAUCUUUCACCGGCAUCCGGUGGCCCAGAGCACAGACGCUAUCAGGGGCAAGGUCGGGUAUACCCGCGGGCUGCACGUGUGGCAGAUCACGUGGGCCAUGAGACAGCGGGGCACGCACGCUGUGGUGGGCGUGGCGACGGCGGAUGCACCCCUGCACUCUGUCGGGUACACGACGCUUGUGGGGAAUAACCACGAGUCCUGGGGCUGGGACUUGGGGCGCAACCGGCUCUACCACGAUGGCAAGAACCAGCCAAGCAAAACAUACCCGGCCUUUCUGGAACCAGAUGAGACGUUCAUUGUCCCUGACUCCUUCCUGGUAGCCCUGGACAUGGACGACGGGACACUGAGCUUCAUUGUGGAUGGACAGUACAUGGGAGUGGCUUUUCGGGGACUGAAGGGCAAAAAACUGUAUCCCGUAGUGAGUGCCGUCUGGGGCCACUGUGAGAUCCGAAUGCGCUACUUGAACGGACUUGAUCCCGAGCCGCUGCCGCUCAUGGAUUUGUGCCGUCGUUCGGUGCGCCUGGCCCUGGGGAAGGAGCGCCUGGGGGAGAUCCACACGCUGCCGCUGCCGGCUUCCCUCAAGGCCUACCUCCUCUACCAGUGACGUUUGCCGUCAGACCGCCAGCUCAACAACCACCUGGUGCCACUUCACUGAGCCGCCCACUGCUGAGGCCGCCACACCCUGCACCUGGGACCGGCGUCCACAGCCAUAGACAGAGGUCCCUGGUCUUGCCCUCAUCCUCCGUGGCUGCCUCCAUGGGACAAGGACCGAUUCCAAAACAGACUCCUCCUUCCCCCUUCCCAACACCGGCAGAAGACAGCGUCCCUGCAUGCCGUCCAUAUACCACCCCUCCCUGAAAAAAGACACAGAGAAUAAACUCCUACGAAAGUCCUACGCUGAGCUCCGAUCUGCUCUCAGGGGGGGACGGGUGCUCCCCACAUCUCCAUGAGAAGGCUGCAGCCACCUGGGGCUUCCAGGGUGGUGGAGGUAGCAGGGGGUAUCACAGCUCUGAGAACAGAUGCCAGGGGUACUAAGAGGUGCUUAGACAAGGCUGGUGCCCGGCCACGGGUGCCCAGCCCAGCGGGCGCUUGCCGUGGCAGAUAAAGCUCAGGAUGCCAGAAACUCACCAUGGACACCAAGGCAGAAACCAAGGACUGUCCGCAGGCAAAUAAGCACCCAGCAUCCAUCCCAGCCGUCGGUGCCCCGUACCCUGUAUUUAUUCUUUUAACAAUAACAAAAGCCAUUUAUUUAUUCCAUCUAGAAAGGAAAGAUUUCAGUCACCUCUCUCUGGCUGUUCUGUGACUUUCCUCCCAUCCCUGGGAUGUGUGGGCCACGCCUGAGGCUCAUGUGCACACCUGCCCAGGCACAAGUGUGUCUUUGGGCCCCUUGCCCUGCAGUUUCCAGGGGGCUCUGCUCCAAGUUCCCAAGCAGGCCCCUCAGGGAGGAGGAGCUUCACAUGCAAUCCGGGUGUCCUCGGGGCCCGUCUGGAAGUGCUGUGGCAGGUCCCCUGCCUCUCCAGGUAGCCGCUUACCUCCUGGGCUCAGACGUCUUUGCACAUACAUGGCUGCAUUUCUUUAGUCUUCUCUGGGUCUUUUGGUGUGGGUUUGAUUUUGCUUUUGCUUUUUCACUGACAUUUCCCAAGUGCAUCCUCAGAAGCUCUGGGUGUGCCAGAGGACCCCCAGAACCAAGAAGGGAGGGCGAGCGCAUCUCCAUUCCCUGAGAAGCCACGGGCAGGGCGGGACGGGGAGGCCAGGAGCAGAGUCGAGCCUCACAGAAGCCAGCACGGGUCUCUGCUCAGCACCCCUGCCGGGGCUCCAGGCCCAGGGAAACAGCCCCAGUUCAUCCCAACCCCUCCCAGAGCCUCAAGAGGGGUGACUCCGCUGCCGGCAAGAGAGGGGUGCCCUGUCCCUGCAGCCCCUCCACGUAGCAUGCCCAGCACCUGCCACCACCUUCGCCAUUUCUUUGAGCUUGAAGUUAACUCUCUGAGAGUCUAACUUUGGUUCAUUUCUGCACAGGUACAAUAGAUGACUUUAUUUGUUUAAAAUGUUUAAUAUAUAUACACAUAUAUAUAUAUUUGUCUGUAAGAAUUGUUUUAAACAGCUGCUGUAGGGUACCGUUUUUUAAGUAAAUCUUCCAGUGGAGUAUAUUUUUAAAGCACAAUAUUGGUGCCAAGACUGGGCGAGAAAUGUAUAUUACUCCCUUAUUAUUCUGAGAGUUUUUUUAUUUUGGAGGGGGCAGGGGACCUUACUUGUAAGACUUCUAAAGGUUCUCCUCCCUCCUGUUUGAGAUGGGUCACAUUCUGAUGAAUGUUUCACUUGUACAGAUCCCAGCUUAUGGCUUUGACCCAGCUGUCCCCACGGACGCUGGGUGACUCGAGCUCUCUCUGCAUCUCCCACCUCCUGACGCCCCGGGACCCUCGACCCCCCCACCUUCUUUCCUACCAGCCCAGAGCCUUGUGGCUUGUACAGUUUUGAAACUUCCGUUCUAUUUUAUGAUGGUUGAUAAUAGUAACCUAAUAAAGGAACGUUUGUUAAAAUAUCAAA